CGGAGUCACUUCCUGCUGGGUGGAUGAGGAGGAGCCCGAGCUGCCGCGGAGGAGCCCGAGUAGAGACGGACGGCGCCGGAGAGCAGGAGGGCGAAAAUGAAAGCAGGCUGUAGCAUCGUGGAAAAGCCAGAAGGAGGUGGAGGGUAUCAGUUUCCCGAUUGGGCCUACAAAACCGAGUCGUCGCCAGGCUCCCGGCAGAUCCAGCUGUGGCACUUCAUCCUGGAACUGCUGCAGAAGGAAGAGUUCCGCCAUGUCAUCGCCUGGCAGCAGGGAGAGUAUGGAGAGUUCGUCAUCAAGGAUCCAGAUGAAGUGGCCCGCCUCUGGGGCCGCAGGAAGUGCAAACCGCAGAUGAACUAUGACAAGCUGAGCCGGGCCCUCAGAUACUAUUACAACAAGAGGAUCCUUCAUAAAACAAAAGGGAAAAGGUUUACUUACAAGUUUAACUUCAACAAGCUGGUGAUGCCCAACUACCCUUUCAUCAACAUUCGCUCAAGUGGUGUGGUUCCUCAGAGUGCACCACCAGUGCCAACAGCCUCUUCCCGGUUCCAUUUCCCACCUCUAGACACGCAUUCUCCUACUGGCGAUGUGCAGCCAGGGCGCUUCUCUGCCAGCUCCUUGAGUGCUUCUGGGGCCGAGUCAGGUGGUCCCACAGAUAGAAAGGUGGAGCCGUCAGACCUCGAAGAUGGCUCGGCCUCUGACUGGCACCGGAGCAUGGACUUCAUGCCCUCUCGAAAUACUCUUAGUGGAGGAGGAAUUGGCCACCAGAAACGCAAGCCUGACAUAAUGCUUCCUCUCUUCACUCGGCCAGCAAUGUACCCUGACCCCCACAGUCCCUUCGCUCUCUCUCCAGUCCCUGGUCGUGGAGGUGUCCUCAAUGUCCCCAUCUCGCCAGCCCUGUCCCUGACUCCCACCAUGUUCUCCUACAGUCCCUCCCCAGGCCUGAGCCCCUUCGCCAGUAGCAGUUGUUUCUCCUUCAACCCAGAGGAAAUGAAACACUACCUUCAUUCUCAGGCCUGUUCUGUGUUCAACUACCAUCUGAGUCCGCGGACUUUCCCCCGCUACCCAGGGCUCAUGGUCCCACCGCUGCAGUGCCAAAUGCAUCCUGAGGAGUCUUCCCAGUUCUCUAUCAAACUGCAGCCCCCACCAGCUGGACGCAAGAACCGAGAGAGGGUAGAAAACAGUGAGGAGUCCACACGUGGCUCUGCACCAAUCAGUGGGCCUGUUCCCUCUCGAAUUAAGGUAGAGCCUACCUCUGAGAAGGAUCCCGAGAGCCUCAGGCAAUUGACCCACGAAGAGGAGGAACACUCCCAAGAAGUGGGCACUAUGCGGACCAGGACCGUAGAAGAGGGGAAAGGCACAGUGUUUGCCCACCCCUCACCCACCUGGCCCUCUGUAUCCAUUAGCACCCCCAGUGAUGAACCCCUAGAGGGGACUGAAGACAGUGAGGACAGGUCUGGCAAGGAGUCCAGUGUACCUGAGAAGAAAGAAGAUGCCCUGAUGCCCCCCAAGCUUCGAUUGAAGAGGCGGUGGAACGACGGCCCUGAAGCCCGGGAGCUAAGUAAGACCGGCAAGUUCCUCUGGAAUGGGGCAGGACCCCAGGGCCUGGCUACAGCGGCCACUGCUGCUGCUGAUGCUUAAAACCACAGUGGAAGGGAAGCUGUUCAUACUACAGUCAGAUACACGUACACGUAUUUAUGUAGCAAGAUUCUGGGGUGGGAGGCCGGGGGUUAAGCUGGUUUGAUAAUUCUGGGGCAUGGACUUGAACUUUUUUGUUGGAUGGGACGAAUAUCUUGUGUUGUAAAUUAAGUGGGGUAUGAACACACUUUUUUUUCUUGGUGAGUAGGAUGUAGGGAGGGUAUUGAACUGUGGGGGAAGGAGCCUGUUUCCUGUUUAAGACUCAUGCUGCCUGACAAGCUCCAUAAGAGCCCACUUUGUAGUCCCGUUACAGUUCAGGACCCAUAGUGUUUUCUGUUGUAUUUAUACAUGCAGAAAGCCAAUAGUGGGAUAUUUCGCUUUGAGAGAGAGAGAUAAGAGGAGCAGGCUGGAAGGUUGGGUGGGAAGCAACAAUACUAAGCAUGCUAGCCUGAGACACUUAUUUCAGGAGAGAACAAAGACAGUUGCAGGCUUAUUGGAAUGAGGACAAUUAGGUGAUGUUCUCUACUCUCCCCUCCCC